UUGGCGCGUUACUGCAGCCGCUCCUUCCGGAAGUUCCGUGCUGUCCGUUGGAAAUAUAAAUAAUAUCAUGGCGUCGAUGACUUUUCGCGACUGUUUUCUCUGUGUUUCAGCUUUAAUUACCUUCGUGUCCGUGUUUGUGACCGGUGCAGACUUUGUUCGCUUCGUGUCGUUUCGUGCCAUUUAUCACAACCUGAGCGGAGCCGCGCCUCUGUGUCGAGACUCUGUGCCCUGGUCUGUGGCUCUGCGGGACGGGGUGGUUCUGAAGGCUGUAGCUGUGGAUGUUUUCCUUCUGGUCCUCUUCAGUCUCCAGCACAGUCUGCUGGCCUGGACUCCAGUUAAGCAAGUCUGUCAGAAUGUGUUUGGGGUUUUAAGCAGAACCGUGUACUGCUUCACCACCGCCGCAGCACUGCAGAUAUUGAUGCACUAUUGGCAGCCGGUCACCAGCGCCCCCUGCCUGUGGUCAGUGCGCAGUGCACCCUGGGAUAUCUGGUUCCCGCUCAUCUGUUUUAUUUUACACUUCCUGUGCUGGGCAGUAAUCUGCAGUAUCCUGCUCAUCUUCGAUUAUCCCGAACUACUGGGCAUCAAACAGGUGUAUUAUGAGUGUCUGGGUAUGGGCGACCCUCUCCUGCUGAAGUCUGAGCGUGCGCAGCGGCUCUACUCUCACCUCAGGCAUCCCGUCUGUGUGGAGCUGCUCACGGUGCUCUGGCUUCUCCCCACGUUCCCGCUGGACCGGCUUCUGCUGGCCGCUUACCUGUCCAUUUACCUGAUCCUCGCUCACUCGCUGGACACCCAGGACUGCACUUACCUGCGCCGGCAGCUCCGCAACAAACUGCAGCUCUUCUCCGCUCCACUAGAGGACAGCGAUCAGAGCAACAACACGUAUAAGACAGACUGAGCAAUAGUCACGGUCAAAUAAGAGUUUAAUGCUGCCUUCAAGUUGUUCUCUAGAAAUUCAAAACUAUUUUUGGACAUUUUCAUAUUUCUCUUCACUCAAAAAGUCAGGAAGAUUUUACCACUAAUGCAACCGAAUGAACAACAAAUGAUGCAAAUGUAACUGAGGCUUUAUCUGUGCAUUUUAUCAUUCUUGUGCUGUUUUGUUGCACAAGCCUCUCGCCUCAAAUACCAACUAUACUGUAGUUCAACAGCACACACAAACUAAAUUGUGCUGUUGACAGUUAAAACGUCUUAUAAUCGAAAAACUAUUUGCUUGCACCUUGAUUCCUUUUGACUUUGGGUGGCAUUCAUGUCUCAUAAUUAUGGCCAUAUUGAUGUGACUUGAAGGCAGCAUUACAAUUAAAGCUAUGUUUGGAAUGAAAUACUAGAAUACUGCACAAUAUACACUAUAAACUGUCCAAAAUAUUUUUUAAAAGUCCUUAAAACAUUUGCAUUUCAAAUGCAAAAUGUGAAGACAAAUGCAGCAUAUUGCAUUUCUAAUCAUUACCAUGCAUUUUUAACAGUGAAACGAAGCUUUCUGAAACUUUGAAUGAUUUGAACCAGUUGCUUUGCAAAAUGAUUCACUUUUUUACAGAGCGCUCAAAACAACUCGCAUAAAUGCAAAGAAAACUAUGGCCAAAUAUGCAUAAAAUGCCUUUUAUAAAUCAGUUGCAAACUGCAGUCUAAAUGCAAUUAACAAAUCAAAUAUCUCUCUAUAUAGUAAAAUUUUAUGUUUUUUUUUUUUUAAUGUAUAAAAUUGAUCUGAGAUCAGGUGAAAACCAUAUAGACAGUCAUUCAUGUGAACCUCUGACAUUCUGAAAUGUUCUGAAAUGUUUACUGAAACCGAGGCUUUAGCAGUUUGAUAUGUGCUGGUUCGAAACGAAUGAUUUGCAAAAGGUUUCAAACCUUCACACAGCAGUGUUUCAAAAACACCAUCAGUUAAAUGUUUAAUUCAGCAUGUGUUGGCCACUUAUCUCGGAAAUUAAUAAGUUUGUGUAUUUUUGAGCAAUAUGACAGUAUGCCACUCCAAAAUCUGCCAGUAUUUGAAGUCUUCAUCCUUUGUUCAUUUUUUUCUAUCUACAGUAUUUACUUUAACCUGCAACAAAUUAGCAUUUACAAAUGAAUAGCUUCUCAUAUAUGUAUGUCUAGUUUUUCCUCUCUCUAUUUUUAGUGCUGAUGUAUUUUGGCUGCAGGUCCAAGGUCAUCAGAUUAAAUUGCUCUACUCGGCACUGACAUGACUCAUUAAGAAGAGACACAAAACACACACGCAUGCUACACUUGCUUACCUGCCAUCAAGGCAAGUUAGGUGGGAAAAAAUAAAUAAAAAAUGACACUGGAUGAAGUUAUUUUGGUCUUUUGUUUCUGCUUUUAUGAAGACUUUUGAUAUAGCCGUUUUGCAUCCUACUGCAUGUUUUUAUAUAAUACUUUUAUUUUUGCAAAUACUUUAGCGUCGCAAAACCAAGAAGUGAGCAGGCGAUGGGAUAAAUACUGCGUUAUGUACUGAGCUCCUGUGUUGUUCACAAUUAAGUGUCAUACUACUGCAAAACAUGCAUUUUAUUUUAUGAAAAUGUUUAAUGCUUGAAGUGCGUUUACAUAUAAUGACCUCAGAGUUUGGUACAGAAUGUAUUUUUAUAUGGUCAAACUUGAAAUUACUUUUGUUAUAAGUACAUGAAAAAAAUGCACUGUUGUAGUUAGAGCUGAAAACCAUUAUUAAACUUUGUUUAUUGACUUGAUUAUAUGGCUAUUUCUCUGUACCAUGAUGUGUGUUUUAUAAGGUUAUCACAUUACUUUGCUAAACAAUACUGAAUAAAUAAAAUGCUGCAAC